ACGAAUAUCGGACUGUCUUUAAGAAUCUCGUUUGCGCAUGGAAUGACCCACUCACAGUAUGCGCUGGGGAUGAAACCGAAUUGUUGUAUCAAAUGCUUCCCUGUGUCUAUGGGCCACCUAAAAAGAG